AUGGAAUGCAGGCGGCCUGUAGGGCAGAAAAGAAGUGCGAGGCACUCCUUCGGUGGCCCGAGAAGCUUGGAUGGCUGGUGGGACUGGAGCCUGACCACGAUGCUGGAAGGCCUGUACUGGGGAGGCCUCUCCACAGCCAGCAUGCCAGGUGCGCAGGAGGGCCCCAGAGCUCUUGGAGGAAAGCACCACCUCCUAGGCCAUUUGGUCAUUAAGCAGCUGAAAGGUACUCCUGACAGUCUAGAGCCCGGGGACCACAAGGGGGCGUUAAGGGAGCAGCGGGCCCUGUGUCAGGACAGCGUAUGUGCCCAUGUGCAGCCAGGCUUGGAAACCCCCAGGUGCAAGGCCGACUUUGAAAUCGCAUUUUCAGAGCUUGUGGAAGACUCUUUCCCUACAUGUGGCCCCAAAGAUGGAGGCCCUGAAACCCCCUCUGUGAUAGACCCAGAGAUCCAAAGAGUGGCCCCAGGUGGCCCCAGGGGCUCCCAGGAGGAGAGCUCAGCCUGGGCAGCACAAGCCCUGACCGGCCCCAGGGCCAGUGGUUGGAUUGACCACAGCACCAGGGCUGUGUCCAUGCACUUUACCCUCUACAACCCUCCAACCCAGCUCUUCUCAAGCGUGUCCCUGAGCGCUGAGAUGCUCCCCACUGGGGGUCUCACCCUUUCCUCCCUGCUGGAGUCAGUCACCAUCUUGCAUGACUCAGCCCCACUGUACCACAUCCUGCUUCCAGAGCUGGUCUUCCUGGUGCUCAACCUGACUCACCUCUGUUUCCAAUUCUCCGGCAUGAUCGGGAUUUUGCUCUCCAAGUCAUGCAGAAACAGCCACAGGACUUGA